AUAUAUUUAUGGCAAUCAUUAUCUUGGGACAUGAAUUGAUCACGGAUUUGGAUUUACCUUUUGAAUUUGAAAUCAAAGAUGAAUUUAUUGGAUCGUUUAAUAGUCAAUUAGGAAAAGUUCAAUAUACUCUUAGAGCUAAUAUAAAUCGUAAACCUAAAAGAAAGAAAAAUUCUGUUGAAGUUUUGGUACCUUUAUGUAGGUGGUCAAUUCCAAAACAAGAGGAAAUGACCCUUGCCAUCUUGCCUCAAACAUUUUUUGAUGUAAAUAGCGAAACUUUAGUGAAAAUAAGGUUGACUUCUCAUAACCCCGGCCUACGUAUUCGCAAGAUUAGCGCCUGCGUAAGGACUUGUUUACAUUAUUCCGUGGAUGAUCGAGGUGUAAUUCCUGUGCAACGUGAAAAGC